CCCUCGACUGCGUGGGAGCCCUAGUCCUCCUUCCUCCUUUAAAAGCCGCAACGCCUCUCAAUUUGUUUCCGACUUCGAAUGAUAACCCUUAUAAAUAUUACUUCAGCUUCAGCUUUGCUUUUAGAAAUUGGAAGUCCUCGUUUCUUCAAAGUUCUUUCUUUCUUUCUCUUUGGUUCAACCAGUGAGUUAAAUUUCUUUCUGUAAGAUUGAUUCAACAAAUUGGCGAUGGAGUUGUUGGAACCAGACUGGGCGUGGCUCCCAGAAGGUAUUCUCGAGGGAAUUCUAGAUUCUAUAGUGUCUUUUUAUGACUAUGCCAGAUUUGGUGCUGUUUGCAAACACUGGUACUCUGUUGGACAGCACCGGAGACGACAACUUAUGGAAUUGUGGAGCGUACAACUUCCCCUGUUGAUGUUCCCUUCCGCGGAUGGUCGCGAAAACCAGCAAAGUCGUCUAUGCAAUGUGACAACCAGUAAAACCUACGAUUAUAAUCUGUAUUAUAACAGGAGGUGCUGUGGAUAUUCCCAUGGAUGGUUUGCUACUCUUGGUAAGGAUUUGCUUAUAACUCUUCGAAACCCUUUCUUGGAUCAGGUUAUAACCUUACCCCCAAUUUUUCUAGUAGUCAAUUCAUCAAAGUUUGAUCCUUGGCGAGUCUAUAAAGUGGUGUUGUCUCAUAACCCUUAUCUAUAUCCUGACAAGUAUGAAGUUGUGGCGAUUUAUGAUGGCUGUUUGGCUAUAUUGAAACCCGGAAGUCAAUCUUGGGCUUACCUAGAUAAAGAGCAUACCAUAUUCAACGGCUAUAAUGAUAUUAUUUAUUACGAGGAUAUGCUCCUAUUAAUAAAUGGAUAUAGGCUCGUGUCAAUCAAUGCUAAUAACGGUAGUCGACCACAAGCGGAAACAAUCACAUGGAACAAUAACGAUUAUGACAAGCGUCUUCCUGGCACGCACAUGACAUAUCUUGUGAAAUCAUCUGGCGGAGAUCUGUUGUACAUUCGUAGAUAUAUAGACUGGCACAAUGCAUUGACGGUGACUUUUAAGAUUUAUACCCUCACCAAUAAAGCUGAAACAAAUAAGCCAUAUUGGUGUGAGAUUAAAAGUCUGGGUGAUGAUGCAUUAUUUUUGGGAGACAGUCACUCAUUGUGCGUUAAGGCAUCUAACUUUCCUGGUUGCAAACCAAACUCCAUAUACUUUGUUCCUCAUUUUUCGUACACUUCGUACGCCAGAGGGUUUCAUGACAUGGGUGUUUUCAACUUGGAAGAACAGAGGAUCACACCUUAUUAUCAUUGUGAUCUAUCUCGAAGAUAUUUUCCUCCUCCUGUUUGGGUAGUACCGACACUUGGAGAUAAUGCACAAGCGUAACUCUUUUGCAGUUGGAGAUGAAUAAUUCUUGGUUUGAUACUAUAUAUGCCUUUUAUUUCAGUUCAAUGUCGAAUCCCAUAAUAACUUGUGGCUUCCUAGCUAAGAUAUUCACUGACCACUACUCCCAUCCUAACUAGCUGGCUUUAAUGCAGAAGAAACUCAGAUUUCCAGUGAGGUCUGCAGGUAAAAUUAAAGCCAAUCUACCACUCAAGGAAGCUGAUCAGUAAGAUUCUAUUAGGUCAAUGAGUGUCCUGUUUUUAUUUCCAGUCUUCUAUUUUCUUUUUAAAGUUUUAGUGUAUUUAGAGGUUUUAAUAUA